AAAAAAAACAAACAAACAAACUGCAGCAAUAUUUAUCCUCUCCCAUAAAGAAAGGCAAUAUUAAAUUAUUUAUGUUGAAGUGAAACCCCACCGCCAAACUCAUUCCAACCGCAAUGGCAAGACCAUCUUCCACAAUCGAAGUCCCUAAUGAACGACGCCGUUUCGACCAUCGCCGCACCACUCCUGACUCCGACCUCUCCGACGGUUACCGCCGCCGCCGCCGCCGAAGCCCUAGCUAUGAUUCUUACGACCGCAACCGGGACCGCCGCCAUGAUCGCCGCCGAUCAACUUCACCUGAGCGUAGAAGCCCUAGGCCUACCGCCUACAACGACGGACUUCCUAACGGCGACGUCCUACCGAAGAAAUUCGGCCGUCGUAGCGGCGGCUCGUACCUAGACCGUGACCGCCGCCCGGAUUCUGAUUCUGACGAGGAGCUGAAAGGAUUGAGCUUCGAGGAGUACCGGAGGCUGAAGAGGCAGAAGAUGCGAAAGUCGCUGAAGCAUUGCAUCUGGAACGUCACGCCGAGCCCUCCCAGGCGCGAGAACGAACAAGAAUCGGAGGAAGAAAGAGCUGAAGAGAUCACUGUGAAAUUUGGUGUUGAAAAAGGCGAUUCGAGCGACAAGGAGGUUAAACCUAGCGAAAAAUCCAAAUCUGAACCAAAAUCGGAGAAUUUUUCCGAGUCGGAAGCUGAAUCAGAUGACUCGCGUUCGAGGAAAAAGAGGAGGAGGGUUUCUGGUUUGAAACGCAGGAGAAGAUCGAAUAGCGAUAGUGAAUCAGAGGAAAAUGAAUCCGAGUCAGAGGAUAGUGAAUCUGAAUCAGACGAUUCAAUUUCAAGGAGGAAGAGAAAAAGAAGUUCAAAAUCGAAGCAUAGGAGAAGGAGAGAGUCUAAUAAUGAUAGUGAAUCAGAGGGAAGUGAUGCUGAAGAAGAGGAGCGCAAAAGUAGGAGGGGUAAGAGGAAGAGUGGUAAGACUAGAGGGAACAGAAAAAAGAGAAGGUAUAGUGAUUCUGAUGAGAGUGAAGAGAGCGAAAGCGAUGAUUCUGACGACAGCGAAAGGAGAAAGAGGAAGCAUUCUUCGCGGUCGAAGAGAAGCAGAAGAGAAAGAAGAAAACGAAGAAGUAGAAAAUCUGAAUCAGAAAAAGAGGUUUCUGAAUCAGAAGAGAAAAAGGGUUUUGGUGAUGCAAAAAACAAAGCAGUAGUUGAAGAGGUGAUGAAAACAGAGGUGGAUCCCGAGGCUUUGAAAUUGAAGGAACUAUUUGAAUCUCAGAAGAAACCGGCUUUAGAUAAUGAACCCGCUGUAGGGCCAAUGCCUUUGCCAAGGGCAGAGGGUCAUAUAAGUUAUGGGGGCGCCCUUAGGCCCGGUGAAGGUGAUGCAAUUGCACAGUAUGUUCAGCAAGGGAAGCGUAUCCCACGAAGAGGUGAAGUGGGUCUUUCUGCAGAGGAGAUUCAGAAGUUUGAGACCCUUGGUUAUGUGAUGAGUGGUAGCAGGCAUCAGAGGAUGAAUGCCAUUCGUAUUAGGAAGGAAAACCAGGUUUAUAGUGCUGAGGACAAGCGUGCUUUGGCUAUGUUUAACUACGAGGAGAAGGCCAAGAGGGAGCACAAGGUUAUGGCUGAUCUGCAGCGGCUCGUGCAGCGCCACAUUGGGCAGGAUGUUGGCCCAACUCAUGACCCUUUCGCUGCAAAAACCUCGGAUGGUGCUGAUGCUUGAUUUCUUUCAUGCAUGACUUGGAGAAUGAGGACAAUGUUUAUCCUUCUAGUGAAUUUGUAUGGAAUUCCUUUAUUGCUGCCAAAAGUUUAUAUGCCGAAGUACAAGAAUGGAGGAGAAUUUUGGCUCUCAGUGUGCAACACAAUUCUUUUUAUUGGUAUUGAGGCAUGUAAUAGCCAUUGGGAUGUUUUGGCAGAAAAUGCUUCAUCUGUCAUAUGCAUCGACUAUUCCAUUUCUGCGACUAAUUCCGUUUCUGCGACUAUUCCGUUUCUGCGUCCCCUUCCUCUUUCGAUUCUCACGUUCAGUGAAUCUUGCUAGAAAUGGUUCUUGUUCCCUAUGUUAAAAUACUAUCCCUCAGUGCGAAUGAGCAUAACAUGUUUAAUUAAGGUCACUACUCUCUUUUCAAACCAUCAGUUGCAACAGCAAAGCUGCAUCCGGGUACUACCAGAGUACCAAUGUAUCAUCAAAUUCAUGAUUUUGCUGAGUUUGAGUUGUUGGACCUUGGUGAGUGGCAUGUCUGUUGUUUUCUUUGAAAUUGGCAGGAUUGAGAAAUGCUUGUAAUGGGUAUGGAAAAAAUUUGAUGAGUAAUUAUUAACUACCCUUGAUUGUCAGAUGUCACAUUGAAAAGAAUGACAUGACUAAUUUAACUUUGUAAUGAAAACAUGGUAUAAGAAAAC